CGAUUUUUAGAAAACGGGUGGCUGGCGAUUUUUCUGCCAUAAAUACUCUUAACGACCUCUUCGUCCCUGGUACCAUUCCGCCCGCCGUCUCUCACACUCCUCUCCCUCGUCGUCGACGACGCCGACAGCGACCACCACCGUUUUCGCGUCCGACGCCGCCGCCGCCAUGGCCAACACGUCAGAGUACUUCUCACUCACCAGCGACUCGUGGGCAGGCUUCAUUGCCGACGCUCAAAGCCGUCUCUCUGCCUCGCCCCGUCUCCUCAUCCUUGCCUUGUUCAACAUCCCCUUGGUUGCUAUCGCCUUGAAUGUGCUUUGGCAAUGGAUCGCCCCUCGCGACCCGUCCCUGCCGCCGGUGGUGUUCCACUGGCUUCCUUUCGUCGGCUCCGCGCCUUCCUAUGGCAAUGAUCCUCUCAAGUUCUUCUUCGAGUGCAGGGAGAAGUACGGCGAUGUCUUUACGUUUAUUCUGUUUGGCCGGAAGGUUACCGUUGCCCUGGGUCCCAAGGGGAACAACUUUGUGCUGGGUGGAAAGUCGGUAGCGCUGUCUGCAGAGGAUGCCUACACACACCUGACUACCCCAGUGUUCGGCAAGGAUGUCGUUUACGAUGUGCCCAACGAUGUUUUCAUGGAGCAGAAGAAGUUCGUCAAAGUCGGUCUCUCGACGGAGAACUUUAGAGCCUACGUUGGUAUGAUCGAGCAAGAGGUCUCAGACUUCUUCCGCCGGGAUCCCUCCUUCCAGGUCUUCCAGAAGAAUACCACCGAGGAAUGGGGCUCCUUUGACGUGCUGAAGGCCCUGUCCGAAAUUACUAUUUUGACUGCGUCCAGGACGCUCCAGGGCAAGGAGAUCCGCCAGAGCCUCGACAAGCAUUUCGCGGAUCUGUACUCCGAUUUGGACGGAGGCUUCACUCCGAUCAACUUCUUGUUCCCUAACUUGCCGUUGGAAAGCUACCGCAAGCGGGAUGUUGCACACGCCAAAAUGAGCCAGUUCUACCAGGACAUUUUGCGGAAGCGCAAGGAGGGAGGCAGCGAGUACGAGCACGAUAUGAUGGCUGCCCUGAUGAACCAGAAGUACCGGAACGGUCGCCCCCUCGCUGACCACGAGAUUGCGCACAUCAUGAUUGCUCUCCUGAUGGCAGGCCAGCACACGAGUUCCGCAACGGGAUCGUGGACGCUGCUUCACUUGGCUGCGAACCCGGAUAUUGCUGAGGCUGUGUAUCAGGAGCAGGUCGAGCACUUCGGCUCAGGAGACGGUCACUUCCGUAGCAUGUCCUAUGACGAACUGAAGAAGCUCCCCGUCCUGGACUCCGUUAUCCGGGAGACGUUGAGAUUGCACCCUCCUAUUCACAGCAUCAUGCGCAAGGUUCGUGAUGAGGUGGUCGUUCCCCCGUCGUUGUCGGCGCCUGCAGAGGACCGGUCGUUCGUCGUGCCCAAAGGCUACUAUGUCCUUGCUUGCCCUGCUGUUAGCCAGGUAGACCCCCGGAUUUGGAAGAACGCGGAGGAGUGGGACCCGACACGAUGGAGCGACCCCGAGGGUGCUGCUGCCAAGGCGUACACGGAAUAUAAUGACGAGAACGGAGAGAAGAUUGACUAUGGUUUCGGCCUCGUCAGUAAGGGAACGGAGAGUCCUUAUCAGCCCUUCGGUGCUGGGCGUCAUCGGUGUAUCGGUGAACAGUUUGCGUACCUCCAGCUUGGCACUAUCAUCGCUACGAUCCUGCGCCACGUUGAGCUUCGGUUACCUGGCCCCUUCCCAGCACACAACUACCACACUAUGAUCACGCUUCCGAAGGAGCCCCGCAUCAUCCAGUACCGCCGGAGACAUCGCGAGUAGAGGUGUCCGAUAUACCUUAUCGCAUUGCGUCUUGUUUUGACGACUUCAGGAGCGCCGGGCUCCUACCCCUAUAUCACGACCAGCCUAUUAGAAUGGAUACGGAGAGCUGUCCAUGGCGAUAAAUUAUCAGGACCCGAGGGAUGAAAGUAGAUUAUAAUCUGGGUAUGUUGAUAGUAGUAGUAGAGGUACAAGGAGAGAGUUUCUGAACGCGAAGCUUUUCCUAAUAAAUGGGAUUCUGAGCCGCA